UUGAUGAAAGCGAUGUCAAAAACAUACGUACUUCAUGAGCGAAAUGUGAACGAUGUGCAAAAUUUCAUCGAAUAUUUGAUGCAAGUACGCGAGCUGCUCCAAGUCCAGUUUGAAAGUACCGAAGAAGCUGUUCUUAAGCGCGGUCUUUGGCAAUUGAUGAACAAUCGAAUUUUCUUCCAACAUCCGGAUUUGAUGCGAUUGUUAAAAGUUCACGAAGAUGUGAUGACAAUCAUGAUGAAUAUUCUGACCGCUCAGCAAGGUACAACCGAACACGUCGAACAUCUGGAGACAGCUGCAGAUGCGCUGACUGCAGGGGAACUGAUUAAAGUAAACACAUCUUUCGUUAUUUCUUUCAUUCAUUUUAUUUAG